AGAAAGUUUGAGCUGUUUCCGACAAUUACUUUUCAAGUCAUGACCUUUUUUGAAAGCCAAUUUUUGAAAUAAGCAAAACCUAUAGCAAUCUCACCAGUAAUACAGUACCCCAUCUUUACAUGAUGUCUCUCCUGAACUGGACUGAUUAUUUACAUAAUAUUUUGUAGUAACGAAACGUCUUUUUUCUGUGACAAAUUCCUUUCCAUUUGUGCCAGUAAUGUAACUCAAAGGAUCUUCUCUAAAGCUCUAACUAUUAAUCCUUUCCAAGUAUCAAAUAACUGCUCAGUGAGUGAUGAUUUAAUGAUGGAGCCUAGUGUUGCAAUAGAAGCUAUAGAGCCUCAAGUGUGCCCCAUAGAGAAACAAAAGUGUCUUCCAGUUAAACCAGUUUUACAGCAAAAAUUUGAAAUUUAUUUGAGAUUUUCAAUGAUUCUGAGAUACUCGUGUUUCUGCAACUGUGACUGUCAGAUGUUGGAUUACAUAAAUGAAGGAAUACUCCUCCUUGAGAAGAAACUAGGGAACACUCCCACUCCGUUAUAUUAUUAUGCUGAUAAUAACAAUGUGGCCUUUGACACUAGAUACUUUAAAGUUUCAAAAUGUUAUCCAAAUUCCACAAUGACCUUAUAUUCAAAUGGAGCUGAUCCUGAUAUUACUGUUCCAUGCACUAUAACUAACAGUGAGGGCUCAAUACUUUAUAAUGUCACCACUGAAGUUCAAGAUUUGGAUCAAGUGUCUUUUCUUUGGCAACAGAGUUUUUUUGACCGCUCACUAUUCUGUGACACAUGGGCGCUGGAUGACAUCUCUGUUUCUCUUAGGUACAAUGGACAGUUGAGGAUCAUUUAUGAAGAAGAUUUUGAUGACAGUGAAAGCACUUCUUCUGGAUGGGACAUUACGAAUGGAAUCCAAUCAAAAGAUUUGACGGAAUGCUCUAAGAAAGACGAUGGUUGCUUAAAGUAUUGCCACUUUAAACUGGAGCCAAAAGCAAGCUCCAUGACUCCAUUGAAUUGA